CCCUCUCUCUCGCCUCGCCCACACUUUUUAUUCAAGUCGCUGCUUCGUCUUUCUUCCUCUGUUUGAAGUUUGAAAAUUGAACGAUUUCAUCAGAAAAAUCCGCUGCCCGCGACCAUGUCCCCGACGCUCUGCUCCCAAGGCGCCGUCGUCGCCACCGCCAUGGCCGUCUCCGGCACAUUCAUCCUCCUCGCCCUCCGCCUCCAGAAAUCCAUCCCCGUCGCCGCUCAAUUCCCCGUCCAACACCGACCGCCAAUCGCUCACCAGCAGUCGCGAUCUCUGCGAUCCUGCAUCUCUUCCGACGGGAAGAAGAGCGAGAAGAAGAACAAGAAGGUUCGCUUCGCGGACGACGUGGUGGAGCCGAGGGGGAACGGUGAUGAGUUCAGGAAGCACUGCGAGGCCAUUGCCGCCGCCAAGAUGAACGUCUCGUCGGAAUCUUCGCCUUCGUCGUCGCCGCAGAGAUGCGGCGAUGUUUCUCCGCCAGCGCGGGAGAGGGGAAUGCCGGAGAACAGACGGGCGCUCUACUCCGCGAUCCUGAGGGAUCGAGGGGUUCAACGAUUGACUUACUCUUGCUGAUUCCGAUCCUCCGAUUCCUCUGUGCAUAAUUCAAUCCAUUUUUUUUUUUCUCUAUUGUGUGCCCAAAAAAAAAAUCGAGGCGAUUCCUCAGAUUCUUUUCAGUAGCGGAGGAAGUAAGAGCGGGGCCCACAUCCCAACAGACGGUAACUUUUAGUAACUGUAAUUCUUUUCCUCCCCGUUGGUAAAACUGUAGAGGGAUGGAUUUCUGGAGGCGGAGGGAAGGGGUGUUUUUACUGUAAAUUUUUUUACCGAGUAAAAGGGAAGUUAGUGUUGGAGACAGAUGGGAAUUAGUUUGAUCGCUGUAAAAGUUUUCUGUGC